AUGAAACCUCGGCGAGACUGCACCAUCAAUCCCUGUCGAAACAAUGACAUAAACCUCCUCACAGGAAAUCCGAGAAGGGAGGACCGUACUACGUCUCUCAUGAGAACCCAGGACGGUCAGAAAAAAAUAGAACAGUCUCAUUGGCCUUGCCUCCUCCUUCCCGCCCACACCUUCAUUCGACAAAAUGACCUCAGCUCCCGACCUUUUGAUCAGACGUGGAUUUGGGCGGUUUCGCUCCUCUAUUGUGGAAUCGAGAGGAAAGGGAAGGUAAGCCGAGGUUUCUCGCUAUGUCAGAUCGACAGUAAGACCUGUUCGUUCCUCUGCUGUCUUGUUCUGACCCGAUUUCCGAAAGGGUGCAAAAAGAGGGAGAUUUUGGCUUCGGGUGGGCAAAAGCCCAGUCUCAACUCAAGUCAAAAAAGUAAAUUCAAGAGUAGUACAAUAAACUUAAAGGAAGGCAAUGCACCAGGCAAGAAGCCGCUUACUACCAAUAAGACGAUCGAGAAGGGUUCACCGAACUAUUACUCGCGCUACAACCGAAACUGUCUGGGGUGGAACUAUUACUCGCGCUACAACCGCUUACUACCAAGACUUCCAAUUUCAGUUCUGGGGUGGAACUAUCUAACCGAGCGAGAGGGCUCCUUCCCUUCUAUAUCUAUCUUGACCGGGAAGAGAAGCAAGCCCAGCGGGCCCUGCCUUAACCUGUCCCCAGACAGCCAACCCUCACUAGGCUGCUGGCAUUGCGUCAUGCUCCGCCACGAAGCAAGCUCUCCCGAAUACGACAGAUGCGGAAAAGUGGCUAAAGAAGUCGGAGAAAGAAAUAUAGAGAGCUUACCGGACGAAACCAGGCCUUUAAUUAAGGCUGGAGUAGAAGGGAUAGUAGGCACGAGAGCUGCUAGUAUUAGAGCACCAGCCCUCAUCGAGACAAGAGACCAUACAUUAACUAUGGCAAGAACAUUCAAUGGUCUGCGAUCUCCCUUCCUCAAAGAAAGGAGAAGAAGCUAUCGACCAGUGUCUUCUAGAAAGAGAAAAAAAAGGGUUGAUGGAUGA